AUGAGUAACACGUAUUGCCAUACAGGCUGCCUCCGGUGCUAUGUCUGCUGCGCUCCUCUUCAGCAGAAGGAAACCUUCGUAAAAAGUGGCAACAUUUACUGCAGGCAAGACUACCUUAGGUUAGUUGUACUUCUUAUGAGUUGUUCUAAAUGCAGUCGACAGAUAGAGGCAUUAGACUGGAUGAGAAGAGCCCGGGACAAACUGUAUCACCUUGCCUGUUUUGCGUGCGACACCUAUAAACGACAACUAUCAACAGGGGAAGAAUUUGCACUGGUUGAGGACCAUGUAUUGUGUAUCCGACAUUACAAAUUCCAAAAAUCUGAAGUGAGCUGUGAAUAUAAGUCCCAAAGGGUUCCAUUUUCUUUUACGGAGGAACAGUUCAGGAUAUUUCAAGCCAACUUCGAUAUCGAAAGCAACCCGGAUCGCCAAUCAUUAAACAGCAUUGUUUUCACGGCGGGAAUCAGUAGGCGUGUAGCACAGGUCUGGUUUAGAACGCACGUACCAAGCAUAAAAAAUAACCAGAUAUCUUAACUGAGAUCUAGUCAUCCUCAUGUUCAGAUGUGAAGCGGUUCAGAGGGUCUGUUAAGCGAUUCAACGUCUGAAUAAAGACAGUUUCAACGUUAUUCCGGAUUUAAAAACUUUUGGGUGUCGUAUUUCCGUUGAUCGUUUCUAUAGAGAGAACCGUGAUACUUAUAACAAACUUUAUAAUACCAGUUUUUGUAUACCGAUUUGAUUA